GGUCUUUUUGGUGAAGAUUGGAUAUAAGAAUAAUACCAAGGAAUUGGCAAUGGCAAUGGGAGCUGUUACCAGGACUAGCUGCAAAAAUAUGCAAGAGCUUAUUGGGGUAUUUUUGAACUACGGCUUGACUUUUGAUGACAUUCUGGAGAUGAGCAUGAAGCAUCCGCAGGUAUUACAGUACAAUCAUGAGUCAUUGGAGGAGAAGUUGGACUACUUGGUUGAGGAGAUGGGUCGUGAAGUUGGGGAACUAUUGGCUUUUCCUGCAUUUCUUGGGUACAAGCUUGACGGAAGGAUUAAACACAGGUACGAGGAGAAGAAAAAAAUCUUAGGUGAAGGCAUGUCGCUCAAUAAACUCCUGAGUGUAUCUGCAGCAAGAUUCUCAACAAAAAGCAAGAGGAAGCAACGAGUUCCUGCCAUUAAUCGCCUCAAUGAGAGUGAUGACUGAUUGGAAUGAGUUAUGGGGAAUGGAAGAACUUAUGGACAACACCGUCUUUCAAUUGCUGAGCACUGAAUGAUGGGGUAGUGAUGUUCUACAUGGCUGAGUGAGGACACGAUUUUAACUUUUAGGUUGUCUUUCUAUAAUAGAUAGGUGACCGUCCUUGCGUUAUUGGUGAACUCAGUGCUGUUUAUGAACUAGUGAUCAUACUUUAGUGCAAGUGUUCAAUACAACUUUGUAUCACAACUGAAAAUUGACAGCAGACUGAAACUGCUGUUUCUGUUGAAGAUGUACAACAGAGCUGCUGAAAAGCUAAUGCACUUUGAUAUCGACACUCUUUAAAUGUAAAUCAGUAAUAUAUAUUGCAAAUUUCUGAACUA